GCUUGCUCAGGCACGAACUGCUGCAGUUCCUCACAUUGAAGCCGUCGGAACACGAGAUAAGCGUUUGUAAAAAAAACAAAACAACGUUUCACAUUUUAUUUUAUUUUAUGUUUUUGGACAGCUAUUUUUCAGAAGACGUCCUCCGGCAUGGGUAAUGGUAUCAACAAGGUUCUCCCAGACUUAUACUUGGGAAAUUUCAAAGAUGCAAGGGAUCGAGAAAUAUUGGGCAGAAACAACAUCACACACAUCCUAUCCAUUCAUGACAGUGCAGCACCUAUCCUGGGGGAGAUGACCUAUCUCUGCAUUUCAGCAGCUGACCUGCCCACACAAAACCUGACUCAACACUUUAAACAAAGUAUAAUGUUCAUGCACGAGUCUCGGCUGAAAGGAGAAGGCUGCCUUGUUCACUGUUUAGCAGGAGUGUCCCGUAGUGUCACCCUGGUGGUCGCUUACAUCAUGACGGUGACUGGGCUCGGCUGGCAGGAGGCGCUGGCUGCCGUCAGGGCGGCCCGGCCCUGUGCCUGCCCCAACCUGGGCUUCCAGCGGCAGCUCCAGGAGUUUGAGGCGGCCCAUGCUGGACAGUUCAGGGAAUGGCUUCGCAAGGAAUACAAGGAAAACCCCUUCAAUGAUGAGGCCGACAUACGUGACUUGCUUGCCAGGGCGUCCAAAGUCAAUGUAGGAGAGCCAGAAAAUCCCGACUCUGCCCAGCACGGAGCUGUUGAUCAACGUUUCUGAGGCGCUGACGUAUUUUGGACCUCUGUGGAAGUUUAAGGCUAUCAGAAGUGGACUGCUGUCUGAAUGUUUGUUGCACACUGACCAAUAAUAGAAAUGUGUUGUUGAAAAAGUUAAAUAUGAUGUAUAGUACAAAACACAUUUUUUUUAGCAUGUUGUUAAAUCCUUACACAGAUUUUUUUUUUUAAGUUAUUUCGUUUUUCACUGUGUCUUUAUGAUUUAAUAUAUGUGAAUAAAUGGUGUGAACCUAAGUGCCUUUUCAGGUUUACAGUCGGUGGGCUGUCAUGCUGGAGUUGACUUUAUUCUGUAUCUGCUUACUGCGCCGUUUCCUGGUUCUCUUCCUGUUUGUCUCAUGUGCAAAGGAAGGUCAUGCAUGGUGGCAUCAAAAACACUAAGAACACACUGUUUUAUCAGUCUUUUGCUUCUAUUGCCUUUAGACUCUUAAACAAUAAAAUAAACUCCUUAAUUCCACAAUGAUAGGUUUGUGUGUUGAGAGAUGUACACGCUUUAAAACAUGGUAUGUUCAAGGACAACCACUGGAGGUCAGUGUUACUUUAAACCUCUUAAAAUAAAGUGCAUUUUGAUUUCAA